UCUUUGGGCGACAGGGACUCCCACUGCGGACGGUGGGUGGCAGCUGCGUGGAUCCUAUCGUGUCGCCUCGGGUCCCGGGCAGCCCCGCCGCGCUGCCACCAUGCCGCAGUAUCAGACCUGGGAGGAGUUCAGCCGCGCGGCUGAGAAGCUCUACCUCGCCGACCCCAUGAAGGCACGUGUGGUUCUCAAGUACAGGCACUCUGAUGGGAGCUUGUGCAUUAAAGUAACAGACGACUUAGUUUGUUUGGUGUACAGAACAGACCAAGCUCAGGAUGUAAAGAAGAUUGAGAAGUUCCACAGUCAGCUGAUGCGACUUAUGGUAGCCAAGGAAUCCCGCAGUGUUGCCAUGGAGACAGACUGAAUGUUUGGAAAGAAGACUGCCAUGUUCUUAGGAAGCAGAUAUCUUGAAUCUGAGAGAAUGUUCAGACACAGAAUACUUCAUGUAACUAAGUCAACUAUUCGGAAGUCUAGAUUAUUUUUUUUUUGUACUCUGUUUUUAAUGUUUAUUUUAGUGAGCUAGAAAUGCAAAUGCUUUCAGUUAGAAAGCCUCUAUUUAUUUUGGAAAUAGAACAAUAAAUGCAUCUAUCUUGGAAACUUUUUGCAGAUUAUUCAGUGCUGGGCAAUAUACAGUUAUUUCUCUGUUAAAUCUGUAUGAAUAGUUUGAAAGUGACUUAUCAAGAAAAGCCAAUUCCUAAGUCUAGUUAAUCUGUCUUUAAAAGAAAAUUACUGUAACCGUUUUGCUGGAUUGCUAUUUCUAGGGGCUUUAAAAUGUGUGCUGAAGAUAACCAAUGGAUAUAAAAUACAUCCACGGGAACCAACUGCACAGCAGUGUGCCGCUACACAUAGGAACAGAGUCUCGGUUAUAUCUCAGAAUAAUAGUGAAAAUAUGCUUGAUCAAACGUUAGAAAUUUCCACUAUAUUUUUCAAUCUAGUUUUCUGCGCUCAAAAACAACUGUAGUCACUUUAAAUGCUUGAAUGGAGCCCAACCUCCACGUUACAGAAGUGUUUGCAGAUAGCCAUCUCUAGUUUCUCAGAAGGGCUGAAGAUUUUCUGAACCCAAAUCUUCACAUACCUCUUUUGCUGACACUUGUGUUAAGUCUCACUCACAGCUGUUGUUUCUCCAAUAAACCAGAAGUGUGUGGUUUGAUAUUUAUCUCAUCUGUAAUCUGAAAUUCUUUGUAUCUCCUAAAUGUGAUGUCCAUACUAAUGCCUACAUUAAAGAAUUUCCUGUUGGG